AUGUCUGAUGAGCACCUGAUCACCACUUCAGACCUUAUAAGCAAGACCCCUGAUAUGGCUUUCAGCCAAGACUUUCAGUCUUCCUGCAGCAAGAGCCCCACCACGCGGAAGCUUUCAUCUUCCCAUACUGAUGAUGCCUUCUUCCGUGGAUUGAAAUCUUCCUUCACUCCAAAUUCGAUUGCGAAUGAUGAUCUGGAGCCUACGCCCUUAGUGUUAGAGGUCGAGCCAACGCCCUUCAAAGCCGGGACUUCUCUGCAGCUGGCGUCGUCUGAAAGUCCCAUCGAUUCCGCCACCCGUGAUGGGACCAUGGUGUUCAAGCUGUCGCCUUCGAAUUCUUCCACGACGCCAAAUGAACUUCAUCAAGACAUGCCAUGGAACGAGCUCGUUACCUUCGUAGAGACGAGCCUCGACUCUCCUUCCAAAACUGGCAAACGCGCCAUGCCGCCACCACUUGCCGAGGUGAAAGCGUACGGCAACCAGGCCACGAAGCGCCGCCGCACCGUGUCUAAUGCCAAUAUGAACAAGACACCACGAUUGAGACCACAUCAAGAUGUUCUCUGGCAAGAGCACUUCAGUUCCCUGAUCAAGUUUAUUAAAGAGCAUGGUCAUUGCCAUGUCCACUACACUUGUGGACACAGUCCAGGUUUGUCCAAGUGGGUUCAGCGUCAAAGGUACCAGUACAAACUCAAGACGGCUGGAAAGAAAACUACCAUGACUGAUGAACGCCAGCAUAAAUUGGAAGAAGUGGGCUUUGUCUGGGACUCUCAUGCUGCGACGUGGGAACAGCGCCUCAAUGAGCUUGCAGAAUACAAAAAGGAACAUGGCGAUUGUAGAGUUCCAUCAACCUAUCCACAAAAUCCACAGUUGGCAAUGUGGGUAAAAAGUCAGAGACGCCAAUUCAAACUUUAUCGAGAAGGUUUAAAUUCUAACCUCUCUGAAGAGAGGCUACAGUCUUUGAACGAAUUGGGCUUCACAUGGGAACUGAGAAGCGUCAAUGACAUUAGCGAUCGCUAUUUUUGA